AUGAACGGGACAGCUAUCGAAAAUUUUGUCUGUGUCAUCUUUAAUGUUUCCUUCAUGAACUGCACUUGGCAUGUGGGCAGGACUGCUUCAGGAGAUACCCAAUAUUUCCUGUACUGGAGGACCUCAAGGAAAGAAGAUUUCACAGGAUGUCAGAAUUACAUCAAAGAUAAUUGUGGAAGGCAUACAGGAUGUACUUUCCAAAAUGUGACAAUAGAAAAUAAGACAGCUUAUUUCCUGGUAAAUGGAUCUAGAAGUGGACAAAACAUUCAGUCAUAUGAGAAGAAGAUUAUUCUGUACAAAAUUGAAAAACUCACCCCUCCAUUAAAUGUCACUGUGAACUGUAAGGAAGCUUCUCAUGGUUGUGAAAUUCGGUGGCAACCACCUCACACAAGUCAUGUGAAAAAUCAUGCUUGUUUCAGAUAUGAAAUUGUCAUAGAAAACAAGGCUGAUCCCAAGAAAAACAUCAAAAAGACAUCUAAAACAGAAAGAAGCAUCACAGAACACUCCUACAUAUUUGAGAGCUUCAGUGCAGAAAAAAGGUACAGCGUCAAAAUCAGAGCAACUGACAACAGCUGUUUAGUGAGCACAAGCUGGGGAGAGUGGAGUACACCCGUAGAGUUUGGAAAAGAACAACUUACAUCUACUUCAUCAUAUACGUUAUUUCUGAUACCAGUGCUGGCAGCAAGUCUCGUACUUUUUCUCUGCACACUAAGUAUUUAUUUGAAAAAAACAUCUGCUAUAGUACCACAGCCAAGAGACCCAUUCCAUGACCUCUCUGCAAUGGAUUUCCAGACAGAAUAUAAGAAUCAAUUAAUAAAGCAUGAAACCGAAGAAAUAACAAUUAUUGAAGAAGUGACGUAAUGGCAUGCAAGUGAAACAAGCAACUUCAAUUUUUUCAAAUAUAUGUAUCUUAUUGGCAGUAAUUUACAGGUUUUUCAUAUUCUCUCCCUCUUGCAAGCAGAAAGAAUAGCAUGGCCUGUAGAGACAAUUCCCCAAGAGCCUAUCUUUAACAGCCUCUUUGUAUUUGAUUGUAUUUUCCAUAAAUAAUUUGAAUUGUUUGGACUAUUUUUCUUUCUUCUUAUGAUGAGUA